AUGCCCGGGAUCGGGGCCAUCGGGGCCCGCUGCCGCCACCGCCCCCGGAGGCGCCCCGUGCACGAGUGGGAGUCCGGGGGGGAGGCCUCGAGGGCCUCGGGGGAGGGGGCGCUGGAGACGGCCAUCUGGAGCUUCCAGUUCCGCCUGAUCGUGCUGGGCGACUCCACGGUGGGCAAGUCCUGCCUCCUGCACCGCUUCACCGAGGGCCGCUUCCCGGGCCCCCGCCACGCCGAGCCCACCGUCGGCGUGGACUUCUUCUCCCGCCUCCUCGAGAUCGAGCCCGGCAAGAGGAUCAAGCUCCAGCUCUGGGACACCGCCGGGCAGGAGAGGUUCAGGUCAAUCACACGCUCCUAUUACCGCAAUUCAGUGGGAGGCUUGCUGGUGUUUGACAUCACAAAUCGGUCUUCUUUUGAACAUGUGUACGACUGGCUGGAUGAAGGCAAAAUGCACGCGGAGCCCUUCCAGAUUGUGUUCAUCUUGGUGGGACACAAAUGCGACCUGGAGACAGAACGUCAAGUGUCAAGAGAGGAAGCAGAAGAGCUGGCGUCCAACUGCGGCAUGAGAUACAUCGAAACAUCUGCCAAAGAUGCCAUCAACGUCGAAGAGUCUUUUAUGAUCCUCACAAGAGACAUCUACGAACUCGUGAAGAAAGGAGAGAUUUCAGUGCGGGAUGGGUGGGAAGGGGUGAAAAGUGGCUUUGUUCCCAACAUUGUGCAUUCCUCAGAGGAAGCCGAUUUGCUUGGAGACCAAUGUACCUGCUAAACUGCGUGCAUGCCAAAGUACCAUAUAGUAUGUAUCAAGUGUUUGGAGGAUGUGGUCUGUGCAUCUAAAAGAUCACUUGUGAAGAUGCAUUUGAUCAUGGAUCAAGAAUGUAUGGCUUCUGAGCUUGCCAUAGCUCCUGAGAUGUUUAAGUGUGGCUCAUAUAAGGAUUUGGAGAUUCUCAGUCCUUGUUUAAAAAGCAAAACAAGCUUUCAGUUCAAAACAUGGAUUGGGUCAAGGACAGAUAAAGACAAGGGAGGUGCAGGUUCAAAAGCAAAGUCUGCAUUCUUUGUUUCUCAUGUUUUGUGACUUUUUUCCUAAGUGAACAUACCAAGAGUUUUGUAAAGGCUGAUUCAGGUUUUUUUCAGUCUUCUUUGCUGAUAACUUUUUGGAAUGCUUAAAUUGUGAAUGUUGUGCAUAAUGUGGCAUGCUCACCACCUCUGUGCAUGAAAAUGAUGUGCAAAUUAUCAAAAUUGCAUGCAGCAAAAAACAUGCAGUUCUGCGAAUAUUGGGUUUUUUUCCUGAAAUUUUCAGUAAAAUUCUCACUUCUACCGUCUUACAUACACAGAGAUAGAACCAUCAACUCUGCUUGAGAUCAUAGUGGUCCACACAACCUCACAAAAAUGUUAAAUGUUAUGUUGUAUUUCAUAAGACAGUAGAUUCUCAACUAACCGGAACUCAAGUAUCUGAAACUUUCAAGCAACCAGCAAAAAAAUAACUAAAACUGCGUACUGCAAAGCUGUUUUUAUAAUAUUUAUUUAUUUACAGUAUUUAUAUUCCGCCUCUCUCACCCCGAAGGAGACUCAGGGCAGAUCACAGAACAUACCAUGUGGCAAACAUUUAAUGCCGUUUUAAACACUUGACAAGACAAACAAUUAUACACAAAUAGAGGUAUAUAGGCUUUCCCAUCUUCGGCAUCCUAGAGACUUGUGCUCGAAUCCGGCCACAGGGGGUGCUGUCGCUCCAUCAUCCUGCCGAAGAGCUUUGUUUGUAAACUUUCUCCUUUAAAAUACUUCCCCGCUUUUGAGCAGUCUCUGUUUAUCUACUCACAUUUUGCUUUUGAACCGCUAGGUAGGAGCAAGCUGGGCUAAAGGUCAGGACCUUACUCUGACCCAGGUUUCGAACUGUCAACCUCCUUGUUAACAUGAUUUAUUGCAGAAGGUAGUUUAACCUGCUGUUCUAACACCCUAAAACUGUAUGACAUUCAGUUAAAUUUGUCUUCAUUUGCUUUUAAUUACCGUAGUUCAAUAUUAAUAUUAAAUCAAUACAGAUUGUAUGAUACAUUAUAGGGUAUAGUAUUAGUUAGGGCUAUUUUUAAUAGUAAUGCUCAAGUUGCUAGAAACUACAUGUAUCCAGCAGGGCGCUGGUUAACUGAGAGUCUACUGUAUUACAUUACAUUGUGCUGUAUUUGUAUUCCAUUGAAUUAAGAACUUUGCUUUUCACGGCAACUAGAACCAAUUUUUCCACAGCAGAGCUACUUAAACUUUUUCCACUGCCUGGGAAAUUUUUACGUGAUUCACAAUAUAUAGGUAUAUAAAAUAGGUAUAAGAUUAAAUAUUUACUGAUAAUAAAUCAGCAUUUGCAAGGCUUGCUAAGCAGGCUGAUUUUCCUUUUUGUGGAGUACAGCUGAAGCAUUUUUUGCAGAGUUCACUGUAAAUACUGCAUGUUGUAGCAAACAGAUUUGUGUAAAUGAGUGGCAUUCAGAAACCUUUUACUGUUGCCACAUGUUUCAUGACCCUAACAUUGAGUUGAGGGAGACCUCGUAAGUUUAAGAAGCAGUGCUCCACAUCAUCUAUCAGCCUUCUGCAAAUUGUUGCCUUCAGGAUGGUUUGGACUAUACUCCCAUCAGAUUGAGGAAGGUUGAGACAUAGUAUGAGUGUUAUCUGAAAGUUUAUAAACUGUGAGGAAAGGUAGUAUGAAAGUAAGACUUUUUCCCACUCCCUCAGUAACAUGGGCUUCUUAUAUUCCAGUUUAAGGUAGAAACUUGUCCUCUGGACUACCUCAUACAAUGAAAUAAGUGCUAACAAGUUAUGCUUAGCAGUUUUGGUAUCUAGGGCUACAAUACGAACUAUGAUUUAUGGUAUCAAGUGGGCCAAUGAGUGAGGUGCUACUUUUAAAAAAUAACUUUCCAAGCUCUGCCAAUGACCCAUUGCUAUAUAUCACAAUAUGGCCCGUGGAUGUGGUUGACAAACUUACAGGGUGUCUAAGUUCUGGUUUCUUUAAGUGUACCUCUACACUGUAGAACUGAUGCCGUUUGGUACAACUUUAACUACCAUGGCUUAAUGCUAUUGAAGCUGUACAGGUGCCCCCAAUGGCAGGACUGCUGACUGAAAGGUUGGCAGUUCGAAUCCAGGGAGCGGGGUGAGCUCCCGUCUGUCAGCUCCAGCUUCCCAUGCAGAGACAUGAGAGAAGCCUCCCACAGGAUGCUAAAACAUCUGGGCUUCGCCUGGGCAACGUCCUUUCAGACAGCCAAUUCUCUCACACCAGAAGCAACUUGCAGUUUCCCAAGUCGCUCCUGACACAGACAAAAACACAUAGAAGCUGUAGUUUUACAUAAAGUCUUUAGCUUUCUCUGCCCACUGAAUGAGGCUGGUGUUUCACCAAACUACAAAUCCCAUGAACAUUGAGCCAUGGCAGUUAAAGUGAUGUUUAACUGCAUCAGUUAAACAUCACUGCACUCUAUGUCAGUCUUCUUUGGCAAGUUUGGCUGAGGAUGAUGACAGCUUUAGCUCAGAACAUUUGAAGAAAACCAGAUUGGGGAAGCCACCUUUAGACACCACCCCAAACUCAAAUGCCGCCUAAGUCCUGUAAAUUCACCAUCUCCUAUCUGGUAGUUUUGCUAUGUGUGUGUGUGUGUGCUUAAUCUGCCAUUUUCUUUUGCAAACUAGUAUACUAUUUUCACAUAGCUAGGGCAUCUCUCCAGUAUGUAGACACUGCACCCGUAUUUUUUGGCAUGUGCCUUUCACUUCCAACACAAUCCAUUCAUUGUUACAAAGAGUUGCAUAUUAUCUAUAUCGGCAACAAAGGUGCUACCAAGCAGCAAGAUAUUUUCUAUAAUUCUCUUGUUACCAUUUUUAUUAUUUACAUGCUUUCUGGUCUUUACAUUUUCAAAAAAGAUUAAAAUAAAACUACGUAAUAUGUACUCUA